AUGUUAUCCUUGAAGAACUUCCUCAUAGGGAGACCUGUUGCAGGAAUCACCAACUCUAUUAAAUCCAUAACCCAGAUUCGUACUGCCACAAAGCGAGUGUCAGGAUCAAAGACAAACAACAAGGACUCUGCUGGUAGAAGAUUAGGACCCAAAGUUAAUGAAGGACAUCCCGUAAAACCUGGCCAAAUCAUAAUGAGACAGAGGGGUACAAAGAUACAUCCUGGUGAGAAUGUCCGUAUUGGUGUUGAUCACACGAUAUAUGCCAUCGAGCCUGGUUUUGUUCGGUUUUAUUUUGACCCAUUUCACCCAUUAAGAAAAUACGUAGGAGUGGCAUUGAAAAAAGAUGCAAGACUUCCAAAAGAACAUUUUGCUCCAAGAUUGAGGAGAUUUGGAUACACACCGAUUGAGGACCCUGUUGCUGCUAAAAACGAAGAGGCGCAAAAGUCUAGAAAGGAAAUACUUGCGUUACCACUGUUGCAAAAGGCCCAAAAUAAGCAGUAUCUGCUUCGAAAGAGACAAUUAAGGGACCACAAAGCCCGCUUAGAUGAAGAUGCAUCUGUGGAAUUAUCAGAACAGGAGAAAGAAAGGGCGGCUGAAAGAUUGUUUAAAAUUUCUCAGUUUAUCGAACUUGGACAAGAAUUAUCCAUUGCUCAAUCCCAAGUGACUUAUGAUGAACUUUACAAUAUCAGGCUCCAAUAUAGAAGAGGAGAACUAAACUAUGGUGAAUUUGGUUCGGCCAAGGCUAAGUAUUUGGAAGUUGCAAAGAAAGUUGAUAGCUUUGCACAAAGUCAAUGA